AUGGCCGCGCAGUCCGCGUGCCGCCGCCCGCCGCCGCCGCUUUUGUGGGGCGGCGCGGGCGCGGGCGCGGGAGCAGGUGCCCGACAGCCGCCCGCACCGCACCGCACCGAGCCGAGCCGAGCCGCGCCGAGCCGCGUAGGUAGGAGCGCCGGGGCGCGGAGACACCGCGCGGGGCUGAGGCAGGGCGGGGCUCGAGAACUGUGGAGCCGCUCGGACCGGGGCGUCGGGCAAAGCCGGGCUGAGGGCCCGUGGAGCGGAGCGGGGCCGCGGCUUUCCGCGGUGCAGCUGGGCCAGGCAGGCUGGAAGGGAGCGGGCUGCUGGCGGGGCGAAGGCCUGCCGCCGCCUCCGAGCAGCCAGAGCAUCCCCGGCUGUGACCCCGCGGCCCUCCCGCCGGAGUCGCACCGAGAGAUGGGUUACCACGGGUCCCCCUCGCAGAAGCGUCCGGGCUCCGCUGUCUGCUUCAGCCGCCUCGCUCGCAUCCCGGGAAGGAACAAACCGCAAGGCUUCCUGAGCAAGCAACUCCGACAGCGUCUGGAGCCUUUCCCGGCCGGAGCAGCGCCCCGCUGAUAAGGACAGUGCCCCGCCGGGACUCCCAGCUCUGCCCCGCCAUGGGACCAGCCCGGAGCGCGGGUUUAGGGUCGUCGUUGUUUCCUAAAGCGCAAAGAUUGCUUUGUCUCUGGACGUCUGACCCGUGUUCUUUCUGGAUGCGCUGUCAAAAAAUCAUCAUCCGGGAUUGUAAAUGAAGAGAUUAGAAACAAACGAUUGGAACAGAGUGCUUCUCUAACUGGCAAAUCUGUUUACAAAGUUAAACUUCAGAGAUAAAAACUUUUAUGGAGUUUGUAGCAUCUGCUCUGGGAAACUGAAUGUGAUCCAAAACUGAGCUCCAGUGCAAAUCAUUAUGAAUUUUGGUAAAGGCUUUACUUUAUUUCAUUGUGCUGUUCCGAUUAUGUGGUUCGUAAGAUUUUUUUUUACCUGGGAAAGUGAUCUUUCUCUCUGAAAACUGCCAUAAAUAAAACUUUAUUGAUAUAA